UGUAUCUGGCACCAGUUUCCAUCCAGAAAACUCUAGUCUUGAAAUCCUUUCUAUUUCAGAAGCUCUCUCAUCGUCAUCGUCUUUCCAAUUUCCAUAUGGACGUGGAAGUGUACGAUGUAGCUGGUGUUUUGCGAAGAAUAAUUGACAGACUGGUAUCCAGGGAUUUCCUGUAUCUUUCACGUUGGCAGGGGGUAGUUUCACAUCUGGACAAGUUGCAAAAAAAUUUGAGCCAGAUUCAAGCAGUCCUCGUCGGUAUGGAGACGUGUCAAUCCAACGGGGAUCCGAUAAUUUUCCUGGACGAUUUAGUGGACUUGGCUUAUAAUGUGGAUGACGUACUGGAUGAGCUUGCCACUUGUAUUUUAGAGAGUGAGCUGAUGGCCAAAGGGUGUUUUAGCAUUAGCAAGGUGCGUAGCUUUAUCCCUGCUUGUUUUACUGCUUCGACUCCAAAUCUUCACAGGGUGACCAAGUUAAUAGAUAUCACUGACCGAUUUGAAAAGUUAUUAAAAGUUUUAUCACCCAACUUUAAGCUGUAUUACUCGCCGAUUCAUAGAGGGAGUUCAAUUGCUGCUAGGGAAUUACCACUCCCUACAUCUUUACCUACACAAUCUCGUAUUUACGGUCGAGAUGAGGAUAAAGAAAAGAUACUUGAAAUGGUGUUAAAUGAGGAGUCAAAUGAUUUCAAUUUUAGUGUUAUAAGCAUUGUUGGGAUAAGAGGAAUUGGCAAAACAAGGCUAGUUCAAGAGGUCUACAACGACAAGGCUUUGGAAGGUUUCAAUAUCAGAGCAUGGGUAAAUGUCUCUUUUGGCACCACUAUUGACGGAAUUCACGAGCAGCUUCUCCAGCAGAUCACUUUAUCAUCCUGCACGUCUUAUGGAUUACAAGAAAUGCGAAUUGCCCUGGCAAAAGCUGUAAUUGGAAAAAAAUUCUUGUUUGUCUUGGAUGAUGUCUGGAUUGAGGCUUCUCACGCUUGGGAUUUCCUUUUUCGUCCUUUCAAGGAUGGAGCAGCAGGAAGUAAAAUAAUUGUUACUACAUGUAAUGUUGAUGUUGAAGCAACAAUGCGCCCGAGUAAAUGUUAUAACUUGAAUCUCCUAACAAAAGAUGCCUGCUUGGCUAUAUUUGAGGAGCAUGCAUCUGGAAUUAGGGGCUUUAAUCCACAACGAACUCCACCACUAAUUCGAGAAAAAGUUGUUGAAAAGAUCGGAGGCUUGCCUCUGGCUGCAAGUACUCUUGGUGGCAUGUUACGCUUUGAGCACAGAAGUGAGUGGGAAAACAGAUUGAAUGAGAGAACAUUCAAUGAUUUAUAUGAAUCUAGAAUUGUCCCUGUGUUAGAAAUAACUUGCUCUCGUCUUCCUUCGUAUUUAAGAGAGUGUUUUGCUUAUUGUGCAAAUUUACAUGAGGAUUAUGAAUUUGAGGAGAAGGAACUUGUAAUUUUAUGGGUGGCAGAUGGUCUGAUCCAUCCACCAUCUGUAGGCACAAAAACAUUGAAAGAUGUGGGUGUUGAAUAUUUUCAAGCUUUACUUAAAAGGUCAAUAUUUCAACCAUCAAGCAGCAAUGCUUCUAAAUUUAGAAUGCAUGGUUUUUUCAACCGUCUGGCCAGGAGGAUUUCAGUGAAAAGAAGUUUUAAGUUGGAAGAGGAUUUUUUAAUCUCAGAAAGAUUUGAUGAGAUUCGGUAUUUUUCUUACAUUUGUGGUAAUUAUGAUCGAAAAGAAAAUUUUGAAAUUCUACAUAGAAUGACUCACCUAAGGACUUUUCUGCCAAUUGUUAAAAGUGGUAAUAGUCAUUACUUGAGUAAUAUGGUUCUUUUUGAUUUGCUGCCAAAGCUGAAAAAAUUGAGGGCAUUAUCUUUGGAAAGUUAUUAUAUUACCAUGUUACCAGAUUCAAUUGGAGAUUUGAAACUUCUACGGUACCUCAAUCUUUCUAACACUGAGAUCAAAAGUUUACCUGAAUCAACAAGUUUAUUAUUUAACUUGCAAUGUUUGAUAUUAAAACAUUGUUCCCGACUUAUCAGAUUGCCUUCUAACGUUGGAAGUUUGAUCAAUCUCUAUUACCUUGACAUUACAGGAGUGAAGUUAGCAAACAUGCCUCUAGGAAUGGAAAAUUUGAAAGGUCUUCAUGUGUUAUCUAAUUUUGUUGUGGGCAAAAACAAGCAAUCUUGUAUAGAAGUUCUGAAAAAUUUAAAAUUUCUCUCUGGGGAACUUUACAUUUCAAGAUUAGAGAAUGUAGUUCUUGACUUCCGAGGAUCUAUUUUAGCUGAUAAGAAGUACCUAGAAGUGUUGGUAUUAGAAUGGGGAUCUCAACAUGAUGAUUCACGAGACAAGACAAAAGAAAAAGAAGUCCUUGACAUGUUGCAGCCCCAUAAAAAUCUAAGCAAACUUACAAUCAAAUGUUAUGGUGGUCUGGUAUUUCCAUCUUGGGUAGGAGAUCCAUCAUAUUCCAACAUGGUGGUCCUAAGAUUGGAAAAUUGUGAACAAUGCACAACCAUGCCGUCACUUGGCCAAUUAAGCUUUCUUAAAGUACUCACCAUUAAAGGCAUGGGAGGACUAAAUAGGAUUGGUUUGGAAAUUUAUGGGGAAAAUUGCGCAAGACCGUUUCCAUCUUUGGAGACUCUUUGUUUUGAGGAUUUGCAAGAAUGGGAGUAUUGGGACCUUAUCAAAGAAAACGAGCAGGUCAAUGUAUUUACUUGCUUGCAAGAGCUUUCCAUCUUAGAUUGCCCAAAGCUCUAUGGCCGGUUACCAGACCAUCUUUCUUCAUUGGAGAAGCUUGUUAUUCGUGAGUGCAAGCGGCUGGUAGUUUCAUUCAACUGUCUCCCUUCAUUGAAAAAACUUUUGGUUCAUGAAUGUCGACACUUGGUAGUUUCAAUCUCAAGCCUUCAUAUGCUCCACGAACUGGAAGUAGUUGGAUGCGAAAGAAUGGUGUCUUGUAGUCCAUGUGACUUUAAGUCACUAAAGUCUAUGACACUUUCAAAUAUUUCAGAAACUAAGAACUGGUUUCUUCAAGGGUCUCAGAAAGUAGAACAUCUAAAGAUUGUCAACUGUGAAUGGCUCAUAAAUUCAUGGUUGAAUAGCAUUUGUCUUCAGAAGCUACCAGAAAGGUUUCAUAGCCUUACUUCCCUCACAGAACUGUCUAUUGAAAAUUGUAACAACCUUGUUUCAUUUCCAGAAGCAAGUUUUCUUUCUGCUUUGAGUGUACUUAAGAUUAGAACUUGCAGUUCUCUAAAAUUCAUUUUUGAGGGAAUGAGUAAUAAUGAUGUACACGUGGAAAACUUGCAAAUUGAGGAUUGUCACUCUCUAACAUUCCUUGCAAGACGUCACCUACCCCCGUUUCUAAAACAACUUUCCUUGAUAAAUUGUAAGAAAUUGCAGGGGUUGUUGGAUGAUAAAAAUUACACUUGCUCCUCUUCUAUGUCAUUGGUGCACAAGGAGGAUGAUAGAAAUGUUAGUACAAAUCUUCUCGAGUAUUUGCAUGUCUCCCAAUGUCCAUCUCUCACUUGCUUAUCAUCAAGGGACCAAUUAUUUGUUUUCCUGAAACACCUUGAUAUUCGGGAUUGCUUGAAGCUCCAAUUAUUGCAACACCAGUUACCUGCAACACUUGAACACUUGGAGAUUUCGGGUUGCUCAGAGCUUAUCAUCUUGUCAACAGAGGGGUUGUUACCUAAGGCACUUAAACACCUGGACAUUGCUGAUUGUCCAAAGUUAAAGUCCAUAGCAAAGAGCUUCGAUAAAGGCAUGUUUGUUGGGUUUAUCCAGAUCAAGAACUGUAAAAAUCUUGAAUUCAUACCUGAGGGUAUACAUAAUCUGAAUAGUCUCCAUACAAUGUAUGUACAAGAUUGUCCGAGUCUUGUCUCCUUUCCUGCAGAAGGGUUUCCCGACACCAACUCAACCGUGUUAUCAAUCGAGAGGUGUAACAAACUUGAAGCUCUACCCAUUGGCCUGCACAAUCGCAGCUGCCUUCAACAAUUAGUAAUAUGGCAGUGCCCAGGUAUUAUGUCCAUUCCCAAGGAAGGCUUUCCUACCAACCUAACCUCACUUUCAAUUGCUGAUGCCAAUCUGUUUAAGUCACUAUUUGAGUGGGGUCUUCAUAAUCUCACCCAUCUAAGAAGCCUCGAGAUUAGGGGAUGCCCAGAUGUAAUUUCUUUCCCAAUAGAGGAAAUGAAUAUGGUGCUUCCGACCUCUCUAACUCAUCUGACUGUUAGAAGAUUCCCGAAAUUAAAAUAUUUAUCAUCUAGGGGUUUUGAGACCCUUAGGUCACUUCAAGAACUUUCCAUUAGUGAUUGCCCGGAGUUGUCAUCCCUUCCGAAAAGUUUGCCAUCCUCACUUCUGCAAUUGUAUAUUUAUAAUUGUCCUUUGCUGAAAAAGCAGUGCAGAAGGAAUAAAGGAGAAGAGUGGCCUAAGAUUGCUGACAUUCCUCGUGUUAGAGUAGAUUAUGAAUUCAUCUACGAUACAUAAGUUUGACUUAUGUGAUACGUGCAGGAUACAAGGUCAACUCCCCAAUGCAAUCUAUCAGUGCCGAUACCUAGAUGAUGGCAUACAGAUGGUUUGAGAAGCUGGGUUCCAAUAUUAUGAACUAUCAGGAUAGGAUGCCAAACACAUUUGAGGUCAGGUAAUAAAAGUGUAUAUUAUCUUGCUAUCCAGAUCUCUGAGGAAUAAUAUGUUAUAUCUGUUAGAACAUCGCAGUACCAGUUCACAGGCUUUGCUGCAUUGCAAUGCUUUCAUCUCUGUUCUGGAAGGCAUUCUCCCAGGCGCUGCUUUCAUCUCUGUUCCGGAAGUUAGCCACUUCGCCUGAUUGAUCUUUAUGUAGGCUGUAGUUGGUGAAAGGAUUUCCCUUGCAUCUAUUACUUUUCGGAAGUAACAUCUAGUGGAUGAUGUCUUUUUGGUAACCACACAUAUGGAGUACAACUUUUAAUUCUUUCAGGAAGCCCAGAUAACAUAAUUGAUCUAGACUAUCGUACCUAGGCUUCCUCAAAUUACUGUUGGGUUUGCAUUAAUUCCCUUUGAAAUGAGGUGUAUGAAAGGUAAUUUUGUGAACUUCUUUGAGGUAUGACCAUUGAAUACCUUUAUGUGUAUGAAUUCACAUAUAUACUAAAUGAGGCUUUAUGUGAUUGAUAAGGCACUGGAUUUUUCUCUACUGAAAGGAGGUUGUGAUUGCAGAGGCACAAAAUUUUCCCUUCCUAACCUUCAUCUCAUAAUAGUUCUAUGUUGUUGUGGUACAACUUUAGAAAACUCGUUGGUCCUGGAGGGACAAUGUUGAGUGAGUAGAAGUAAUUACGGAGACAACAGAGCAGCCAAUUCUGGGAAAAUAGCAUGGGAAUAUUAUGGAUACAACGAGCAUUAAUGCCUUCUUUUGGUAGAACAUCUACCCUAUUCAUCUUGCUUUUUACUUGGGAUGAAUAUCUGAGCUUUUGGAGCCUGCUUGUUUGUAUCCCCUCAGCAAAAUAUCAGUUUCCCUGCCUGCAACGGCCAUCCAUUGGGGCACCAGAUGUUGUGUUGGCUGUGUUUAGAGCUUGCAGCAUUAAUCUUUGGCAAAUUUCAGUCUAGGGUGAUUAAUGGAGCUAUGGUAUUAUUUGGAAAAGUUCGUAUCACAGGAUUUUGAUUUGCAAAUUUAAUCUCAUGAUAGUGAUGAGUAGCAUACAUGUAAGAUUGUGCUAUGUUUGUUGAUGAAUUAAUCAUGUAACAUGAAUGAGAUGUCAAAUAUACAUAUCAUUUAUGGGCGUGAAGUGAAAAGGAUAAAAUUGUCAUUUCUUAUUUAAAUAUUAAAAUGAAAGUAGAGUUGGACCUGAAUCGA